AUGUCUGUUAUUAGAGAAUUGAGUCAUCAAAAGAGAAAUGUCGUUUUAGAAUUAUUUGGAACAUCAAAAAGAAGAAUUGAAUAAAAAGAAAAUGUAUAAUCUUCUAUCAAUCGUCCUUCUAAACGAUUUAACUAUCCAUAAUCUAGUAAUGCUAGUAAAUUAUUAUUAUUCCAAAUCCUCAAAUAGACAUCUUCUAUUAAAUAACCUCCGUAUAAGUCUUCAAAGAAAAAUAAUGAAAGCACAGGAUUAAAUGAAAGCAUAUGUAGAAAAGUAUCCAAUUAUUCUUAAAAUAAAAUAGAAAAUAUUACAUAUUGAUAUUUAAGAGCCAAAAACAUAUAUAAAAUAAGUUAUUUCUCCUUAUAGAGAUUUUCGAUCAUAAGUCUCAUUUGAAAUUGCCCCUUAAACUUGUGUGACAGUUCCUCGAAAAAUUAGUCAACCUUAAUAAAAUAAUAUAUAAAGAAAUUCUGUUCGAAGAUCUAAUAGUUUUAGAGAUCUUUUCAAAAGUUAAAUAACAUUUGGUUGA